CCGGACCCAGGCUAGAGGCGGGACCAGCCGCCGCCGUCUCCGUCUCGCCACCACGGCCCCCACACAGCCCGCAGUCACCGCGGGAGGAGCGGAAGCCGCCGGCCUCGCCCGUCCAGAGCCGCGCCGGCCCCCGAGCGCUGAGGAGCCGCGGCCACCUCUCUCCGCCUCGACCCCUCCCGAGCGUGCCGCGCGCCCCCGCCCCGGCCCGAGCGCGCCCACCUGAGCCGGCGCCAUGGCGGAGCAGGAGAGCCUGGAAUUCGGCAAGGCGGACUUCGUGCUGAUGGACACCGUCUCCAUGCCCGAGUUCAUGGCCAACCUUAGGCUCAGAUUUGAGAAAGGACGCAUCUACACAUUCAUUGGAGAAGUGGUCGUUUCUGUGAACCCCUACAAGGUGCUGAACAUCUAUGGAAGGGACACAGUUGAGCAGUAUAAAGGUCGUGAGCUGUAUGAGAGACCUCCUCAUCUUUUUGCUAUUGCUGACGCUGCUUACAAGGCUAUGAAGAGGCGAUCAAAAGACACCUGUAUUAUGAUAUCAGGGGAAAGUGGAGCUGGUAAAACAGAGGCCAGUAAGUACAUCAUGCAGUAUAUCGCCGCCAUCACCAACCCCAGCCAGAGAGCAGAGAUAGAAAGAGUGAAGAAUAUGUUGCUGAAGUCAAACUGUGUUUUGGAAGCUUUUGGAAAUGCCAAAACCAAUCGUAAUGACAAUUCAAGCAGGUUUGGAAAAUACAUGGAUAUCAACUUUGACUUCAAGGGAGACCCUAUUGGGGGACAUAUCAAUAACUAUUUGCUGGAAAAGUCUCGUGUGAUUGUGCAACAGCCGGGAGAACGAAGCUUCCAUUCUUUUUAUCAGCUGCUCCAGGGAGGUUCUGAGCAGAUGCUGCACUCUCUACACCUGCAGAAGUCCCUUUCAUCCUACAACUACAUCCGUGGGGGGGCACAGCUGAAGUGUUCCAUCAAUGAUGCUGCCGAGUUCAAAGUCGUAGCCGAUGCCAUGAAAGUAAUUGGAUUCAAACCUGAGGAGAUUCAAACAGUAUAUAAAAUUUUGGCUGCUAUUCUUCACUUGGGAAAUUUAAAGUUUAUAGUAGAUGGUGACACGCCACUCAUUGAGAAUGGCAAGGUUGUGUCUGUCAUAGCAGAAUUGCUCUCUACUAAGACAGACAUGGUGGAGAAAGCCCUUCUGUACCGGACGGUGGCCACAGGCCGUGACAUCAUCGACAAGCAGCACACGGAACAGGAAGCUAGCUACGGCAGAGACGCCUUUGCCAAGGCAAUAUAUGAACGCCUUUUUUGUUGGAUUGUUACUCGCAUCAAUGACAUUAUCGAGGUCAAGAACUAUGACACCACGAUUCAUGGGAAAAACACUGUUAUUGGUGUAUUGGAUAUCUAUGGCUUUGAAAUCUUUGACAACAACAGCUUUGAACAGUUCUGCAUUAACUACUGCAAUGAGAAACUGCAGCAGCUGUUUAUUCAGCUGGUUCUGAAGCAGGAGCAGGAAGAGUACCAGCGGGAAGGCAUCCCUUGGAAACACAUUGAUUACUUCAACAACCAGAUCAUUGUGGACCUUGUGGAGCAGCAGCACAAAGGCAUCAUUGCAAUCCUGGACGAUGCUUGUAUGAAUGUUGGCAAAGUCACCGACGGAAUGUUCCUUGAGGCCCUAAACAAUAAAUUGGGCAAACAUGGUCAUUUUUCCAGCCGAAAGACCUGUGCCUCAGACAAAAUCCUGGAGUUUGAUCGGGACUUUCGAAUCCGGCAUUAUGCAGGUGAUGUGGUCUAUUCUGCCAUUGGUUUUAUUGACAAAAAUAAAGAUACUUUAUUUCAAGAUUUCAAACGUCUCAUGUAUAACAGUUCAAAUCCUGUGCUGAAGACGAUGUGGCCCGAAGGCAAACUGAGCAUUACAGAGGUGACCAAGAGACCUCUGACCGCUGCCACCUUGUUUAAAAAUUCUAUGAUUGCUUUAGUAGACAACCUUGCUUCAAAGGAACCGUACUAUGUACGCUGCAUCAAACCCAACGACAAGAAGUCCCCACAGAUAUUUGAUGAUGAGCGCUGCCGCCAUCAGGUGGAAUACCUUGGAUUACUGGAGAACGUGAGAGUGCGCCGGGCAGGGUUUGCGUUCCGCCAGACCUAUGAGAAAUUUCUUCACAGGUACAAGAUGAUCUCUGAAUUUACUUGGCCUAACCAUGACCUUCCUUCAGACAAAGAAGCUGUUAAGAAACUCAUAGAACAAUGUGGCUUUCAGGAUGACGUAGCUUAUGGGAAGACCAAAAUUUUCAUUCGAACACCCCGUACGUUGUUCACCUUGGAAGAACUCCGUGCCCAGAUGCUUGUGAGGAUUGUCCUCUUCCUACAAAAGGUGUGGCGUGGCACCCUGGCCCGAAUGCGGUACAAGAGGACCAAGGCAGCUCUGACAAUAAUCAGGUACUACCGGCGCUAUAAAGUGAAGUCGUACAUCCACGAGGUAGCCAGACGCUUCCAUGGUGUCAAGAACAUGAAAGACUACGGGAAGCAUGUGAAGUGGCCAACCCCACCAAAAGUUCUGCGCCGUUUUGAGGAGGCUCUGCAGUCAAUUUUUAAUAGAUGGAGAGCAUCCCAACUCAUCAAGACCAUACCUGCUUCAGACCUUCCCCAGGUCAGGGCAAAGGUUGCAGCCAUGGAAAUGUUGAAAGGUCAAAGGGCAGACCUUGGACUCCAGAGGGCCUGGGAAGGCAACUAUCUUGCUUCGAAGCCAGAUACACCCCAGACCUCAGGCACUUUCAUGCCAGUUGCUAAUGAACUGAAACGCAAGGACAAAUAUAUGAACGUCCUCUUUUCCUGUCAUGUCCGGAAGGUGAAUCGAUUUAGUAAGGUAGAAGACCGAGCAAUUUUUGUCACUGACCGUCACCUGUAUAAAAUGGACCCUACUAAGCAGUACAAAGUGAUGAAGACUAUCCCUCUGUACAAUUUGACUGGUCUGAGUGUCUCCAAUGGAAAGGACCAGCUCGUAGUGUUCCAUACAAAAGACAACAAAGACCUCAUUGUCUGCCUCUUCAGCAAACAGCCAACCCAUGAGAGUCGAAUUGGAGAACUUGUUGGAGUCCUGGUGAAUCAUUUCAAGAGUGAGAAGCGCCACCUUCAAGUGAACGUCACCAACCCGGUGCAGUGCAGCCUGCAUGGGAAGAAAUGCACCGUCUCUGUGGAGACACGGCUUAAUCAGCCACAGCCUGACUUCACCAAGAACCGCUCAGGCUUCAUCCUCAGUGUGCCGGGGAACUGACUGCUGCACACCGGAGGCCUGGCACCAGGCCGGCCAGGCCCUUAGCCUCUCCAUCCCACACACGUUCCGCCUUGCUCAGCAGCCCAGGAGCCCAGCUCAUUGCUGUAUGCCCUCUACUACCACUAGAAAUCAGCUUACAAGGGCCUCCACUGGACAGGGCUCCUCUGCCUUCCCUGAAGCCCUGCUCAUGAGGUGUCCUGCCUGGCUCUCUGCCCCUGCCUCUGUUCUCGCAAAUUUCCAUAGUCCCUGCUCAGGAAACCAAAGUCCCUCUGCAGCGUCCUGGGCUGACAGCUAGACCACUUCUCACCUCACAGGCAACCGGAUAGUACCUGUAGCUGGUAAAGGGCCAGUGACUGCUGCUGACCCAGCAGAGGGAUGGGUGGUCCAGAGCACAGAACAGUUUCUCCAGCCAAACACUCGUUCUCCUAGAGCUUUGGAUCCAGUGUCCGUGAGCAGAGGACUAGCCCUGCUCCGUGACCUCCACCUCAUGCCUUCCUUCCCCCACAUGAUCACAGCCCUUGGGACCUAGCUCAGAGCCCCUGGGCACAAGCCGUACCCCUAGCAGCCAG